AUGGCUUCAGACGACGUACCAGAGACAGUCCGACCAGCUACCAAGCGCAUCCGAUCGGACCACGAUCAUUCCAAGGCAUCUACCAAAGCGAACGAGUCGGACGAGAAAGAACAAGAGAAGCACCAAGAUGAUGAUUGGUUGAAAGAGCCUCCAUUCAGUGUGGGAGCGGAUAAAGAUGGUUGGGAGACGAAAUGGAGAGAAAGUUGUUGGUGUGGAAAGGUCGCUUUUGUGUACAAUGAUGAUCCGGCUGGAUCAAAGAUCUGUCAUUGUGAAGACUGUCAACGAUUACAUGGCGCACCAUAUCAACAUUCAUGUAUAUUCCACAAGAAGAACGUCCGACUCGACUCCGAUGCCGAUUCCAAAUGGAUUGGAUUCUUAUCUGCUCACGGAGAAGUCCAUCCUUUGUCAUCUACUCCCACACCCUUACCACGAAAGAUAUCAUGUAGGGCUUGCGGUUCACCAUUGAUGGAUGAAGGUAGGAACAUGAUCAUGGCUUUCCCACCUGCCUUUGAAUGGACACGAACUCACAAAGAGGUCAAACAAAGUAAAGAACAGAACAAAGAUGGCAAUCACGGUGAAGAAGGUGAUUCGGGCAAGGGAGCGAGGAAAGUUCAAGGUUUCCCUUCGGAACUCAAAGCUGAUUGCCAUAUCUUCUACGAAAGGAGGUGUGUAGAUGUGAAAGAUGGUUUACCGAAAUGGAGGGGGCAUAAAGAGAAGAGUGAUCUGAUGAAGGAUGAUGAGAAGUAG